AUGGCCUCCUCCAACUCCAACUCCAACUCCAACUUUCCAGGCACAAACCCUUUCGCUGCUGGGGUCGCUUCUCCCUUUGCGAAGAUCUCAGAGGAGGAAGAAUACGACGGGGCCUCGCCUACGGAUCCUAAUUUCCGAUCGAACUCGGGUGCUGCCUCCUCGAGGAGUCCCUUCUCUAGCGGUGGAGGUUUUACAAGCCCUUUUCAAGAUAGAGAUGCCGUGAACGCCGCUGGCUCUGAUCCCAAUGCUCACCCGACCGGCUUUCCUCCUGCCGGGACCGCUGCAAGUCAAGGACUGCCAAACAAUUAUGCGAUGGGUCGCCGUACGUCGGUGUCGGCAGAGUCUUUGAAUCCAACAUCGUCCGGCUCCGAAAGCUGGUCACCACCCUUCCACCCCAAGUCAGCCGACCAAGUUGCACGAUUGAAGAAGGCCGUGAGCGGGAACUUUUUGUUCUCGCAUUUGGACGACGAACAUCUCAAGACUGUGCUCGAUGCGCUAGUCGAGAAGCCCAUCCCGGCGAAAGAUAUCAAGGUCAUCACACAAGGAGAUGCUGGCGAUUACUUUUACAUUGUCGAAGAAGGUACUUUCGGUGUCUUCAUCAACCCAACGGGAGCGGCACAGUCAGGCCCAGAUGGAAUUGGGAACCAGGUCGGAACCAUAGGGCCUGGUGGUUCUUUUGGAGAGCUUGCUUUGAUGUACAACGCGCCGCGUGCAGCAACAAUCGUCUCUCUUGAAUCCAAGUCCACGCUAUGGGCGCUGGAUAGAAUCACCUUCCGACGGAUUCUGAUGGACUCGGCCUUCCAGCGACGACGCAUGUAUGAGGCUUUCCUGGAAGAAGUGCCAUUACUAGCGUCACUGAAGCCCUACGAGCGGUCUAAGAUUGCCGAUGCCCUGGAUACGAUCAAAUACCCUACUGGAGAAACCAUAAUCCGCGAGGGAGACCCUGGUGAUUCAUUCUAUCUGUUGGAAUCCGGAGAAGCUGAAGCAUUCAAAAGCGGAACAGAUCAUGCAGUCAAAGCUUAUUCACGUGGCGACUACUUUGGUGAGCUGGCGCUGCUAGAUGACAAGCCCAGAGCAGCCAGUGUGACGGCGAAGACAGAUGUCAAGGUUGCUCGGCUUGGGCGUGAUGGCUUUAAGAGACUGCUGGGGCCGGUGGAACAAAUCAUGAGAAGGACAGAGUAUGAUGUUGAUCCGCUGACAAAAACGCCCGCUUCAUAA